UCAACAAGCUAAAAAUCCUUAAUCUCAGUCAUUCUCAGGACCUUGUUAAAACACCAAACUUGCACAGUUCAAGCCUAGAGAAACUAAUUCUGGAAGGUUGCUCGAGUUUAGUUAAGGUGCAUCAAUCAAUUAAAAAUUUGACGAGCCUUGUUUUCUUGAAUCUAAAGGGAUGUUGGAGGCUAAAGAUUCUCCCUGAAAGCAUUGGCAAUGUAAAGUCUCUUAAGAGUAUGAAUAUUUCUGGGUGUUCACAACUUGAGAAAUUGCCAGAAUGCAUGGAUGAUAUGGAAUCCUUAAUUGAGCUGCUAGCGGAUGGGAUUGAAAAUGAGCAAUUUCUCUCUUCAAUUAGACAAUUAAAGUAUGUCAGAAGAUUAUCAUUGUGUGGAUACAGUUUCAGCCAGGACUCAUCAUCAUCUACAUUUUGGCUUUCACCGUCAUCUACAUUUUGGCCUCCAUCCAUUUCUUCAUUUAUUUCAGCAAGUGUUUUAUGUUUGAAACGUUCGCUGCCAAUAGCUUUCAUCGAUUGGAGAUCAGUGAAAAGUCUUGAACUUCCUGAUGCUGGUUUGUCUGAUCGCACAACUAACUGUGUUGAUUUUAGAGGUCUGUCCUCUCUAGAAGUAUUGGAUCUAUCAAGAAACAAAUUUUCUAGCCUACCUUCUGGGAUCGCCUUCCUUCCCAAUCUAGGGAGUUUGAUUGUUGUUGGAUGCGACAAUCUUGUAUCAAUCCCAGAUCUUCCCUCAAAUUUAGGCUAUUUGGGUGCAACUUAUUGCAAAUCAUUGGAAAGAGUAAGAAUACCAAUCGAGUCAAAAAAAGAACUAUACAUAAAUCUACAUGAAAGUCAUUCAUUAGAAGAGAUUCAGGGCAUCGAAGGUCAAAGUAAUAUUUUCUGGUAUAUUAAUGUUGAGGACCGCAGUUAUUCACCAAAUAAAUUACAGAAGAGCGUUGUUGAGGCAAUGUGCAUCGGUGGUCACAUUUAUCACUUUCAUGUUGAGCGCAUUCCUGGUGAGAUGCCAAACACUACUAAAAAAAUGAGGUAUUAG